UUGAGAGCUCCAGGAACCGGCCGGGGGCGAAUCCUGCUCGACGAAGUCAUUUUCACUUUUCAAUGCUGCUGUGAGCGCGAUUAUUAUAUAUUAUUUAUUACAGUCUGGAUCAAAAGCCUCAUCGAUUAAGAAGUCGUUCGCACUGUCAUGGCGACCUACCAAGAGUUCAUCCAACAGAAUGAAGAUCGAGACGGGAUACGCUGCAGUUGGAACCUCUGGCCUUCCAGCCGACUGGAGGCCACACGGCUAGUGGUUCCUGUUUCGUGCCUUUACACCCCUCUGAAAGAGAGACCUGACCUGCCGCCGGUCCAGUAUGAGCCGGUGUUGUGCAGCCGGGCAAACUGCAAAGCUGUACUCAACCCACUUUGUCAAGUGGACUUCAGAGCUAAGAUUUGGGCCUGCAACUUCUGCUUCCAAAGGAACUCUUUUCCUCCAUCAUACGCAGGCAUUUCAGAAGUGAAUCAACCAGCAGAACUCAUGCCUCAGUUCUCCACCAUUGAGUACAUAGUGCAGCGUGGACCACCAACCCCUCUCAUCUUCCUGUACGUGGUGGACACAUGUCUGGAGGAGGAAGAUCUCCAGGCUCUGAAGGAAUCGCUGCAGAUGUCUCUGAGUCUCCUGCCACCCAAUGCCCUUGUGGGUCUCAUCACAUUCGGCCGCAUGAUUCAGGUCCACGAGCUCAACUGCGAAGGCAUCGCCAAGAGCUACGUCUUCCGUGGCACAAAGGAGCUCGCACCCAAACAAGUACAGGAGAUGCUGGGACUGAUGAAACCAGCCACCUCUGGACAACAAGGCAAACCACUGGCACCUCAUGACGCUGCUGCUGCUUGCAGAUUUCUGCAGCCUGUGCAAGCAGUGGAUAUGAACCUGACCGACCUUCUAGGGGAGCUGCUGAGAGACCCCUGGCCUGUUCCUCAAGGGAAGAGACCUCUCCGUUCCACAGGCAACGCCCUUUCCAUUGCUAUCGGACUAUUGGAGGGUACUUUCCCUAACACUGGAGCCCGUGUGAUGCUGUUCACUGGUGGUCCCCCAGCACAGGGACCUGGCAUGGUGGUGGGAGAUGAGCUGAAGACCCCCAUCCGCUCCUGGCAUGACAUUCAGAAAGACAACGCACGGCAUCUGAAGAAGGCCACUAAGUAUUACGAAGCCCUAGCCAAUCGUGCAGCAGUAAACGGACACAGUGUUGACAUUUAUGCCUGUGCGCUGGAUCAGACGGGACUUCUAGAGAUGAAAUGUCUAUCUAACCUCACAGGGGGCCACAUUGUCAUGGGCGAUUCUUUCAACACCUCUCUGUUUAAGCAGACCUUUCAGAGAGUCUUCAACAAAGACUACAAUGGAGAGUUUCGCAUGGCUUUUGGUGCUACUUUGGAAGUGAAGACUUCAAGAGAAUUGAAAGUAUCUGGUGCGAUCGGGCCAUGUGUGUCACUGAACACCAAAGGACCCUGCGUUUCAGACAAUGAAAUGGGCGUUGGAGGAACAUGCCAAUGGAAGAUCUGUAGUCUCUCACCUGCCACCACCCUGGCCAUGUACUUUGAAGUUGUAAAUCAGCACAACGCCCCUGUUCCUCAGGGGGGAAGAGGAGUUGUUCAGUUUGUUACGCAGUAUCAGCACUCAAACACACAGCGGCGGAUCCGAGUCACCACUAUUGCCAGGAAUUGGGCUGACGCACAGUCGCAGAUCCAGCACAUCGAGUCGUCGUUUGAUCAGGAGGCUUCAGCCGUUCUCAUGGCCCGGCUCGGAAUUUUCAGGGCGGAGUCAGAGGAGGGGCCUGAUGUUCUCCGCUGGCUGGAUCGACAGCUUAUUCGCUUGUGUCAGAAGUUUGGCCAGUUCAAUAAAGAUGAUCCAAACUCCUUCAGACUCUCCGAAUCGCUCUCGCUUUACCCACAGUUUAUGUUCCACUUGAGGAGAUCCCCGUUCCUGCAGGUGUUCAAUAACAGCCCGGACGAGUCGUCCUAUUACAGACAUCAUUUUGUGCGUCAGGAUCUGACACAGUCGCUCAUCAUGAUACAGCCCAUCCUUUACUCCUACUCUUUCUACGGCCCUCCAGAGCCUGUUCUUCUGGACAGCAGCAGCAUUCUUCCUGAUCGCAUCCUCCUGAUGGACACCUUCUUCCAGCUGGUGAUUUACCAUGGAGAGACUAUUGCUCAGUGGAGGAAGGCUGGAUACCAGGAGAUGGCCGAGUAUGAGAACUUCAAGCAGCUUCUUCAGGCUCCUCUGGAUGAUGCUCAGGAUAUCCUGCAGACUCGCUUCCCCAUGCCCAGAUACAUCGACACUGAGCACGGAGGCUCACAGGCGCGCUUCCUGCUCUCUAAAGUCAACCCCUCGCAGACACACAACAACCUCUACGCCUGGGGCCAGGAAUCCGGAGCACCAAUCCUCACAGACGAUGUCAGUCUGCAAGUCUUCAUGGACCAUCUUAAGAAACUGGCUGUUUCGAGUUCAGCCUAAACGUUUGCUGACGAAUUAUGUACAUUUAGAGUGUGUGAAGAAAAGGACAAAAAAGGAUAAACUAUUGACCCAAUUUUCUGGAAAAAAAAACCACAACAAAAUGCAUCUCUGUGUUUAUUUAAGAGGUCCUCCAGAGAAACGGUUGUUAGCUGUUUUCUAAUUCUAAUCGACUCAAGUAAUUAUGAUUUAUUUUGUCAUGUUUGUUUGCUUAUUUAAUUAGGUUUCGUUUUCGUCUAACAGAAAGUGUUACUUGUCAUGUUUAAUAACGUCUGAUUUCCCCUAAAGAGAUGAUCAUUUCUGUCACCACUUUGCUCGUGCUGCUCUUCCCUAAGCAUGUUUAGACUGAAAUUCCUAUAAGGCUUGUUUUUUGCAAGUUUCCUCUUCUCUGUUUGUCCCUUUUUUUUGUAUUGCACAGAUUGACAGUCUUCUAAACUGUACCUGUGAUCUGCUCUUGUGCAGGGAGAAACAGUGUUUGAAUGAUAUGCCUGUUCCUUCCGCAUUGUAAUUAAAUGAAUGUAGUAUGUAAAGAAUUUACAUGUGACUUGUGACCCACAUUCCAGUUUUAUCUCGAUCUACAAUGAACUAAUGCUAUGCAUAAUAUUUAUAGAAUCUCUUGUAGGUUUAUUUCAUUUCAAAAGCACCUUUAAUGUGCAAACUUCUUUCGUUUUGAUCUAAAAUAAAAUAUAUAUUACAAAUUCAA